GAUUUGUUUUCACUUUCGAAUCAAUUCUGGACACAAAACUCCGUCCACUUCUGGCCGUAAAUUCACUGCUCUUUCCUUCGAAACUGUUUUCCAAUUUCUUUCGUCCAAUCAGUUGAUGCGAAAGUGGCGCCCCUCUCGUUCCGUCGCUUCGUCCGACUCUUCGGCCGCCGCCGUGACCGCCGACGCCUUUCUCGAUCCGUUCGUCGGUUCGAUCGGUUCUUCGCCUAAAGACCGCUCUUUCCUAGUCAUCGAUCCUUCGGGACAUCUUCACUACCGAUGGCUGUUUCUCGUUUCUCUGGCCGUUCUCUACAAUCUGGUCUUCAUAAUCGCCAGAUCCACUUUCGCCGAUCUCCAGAACGCCUUUCGCCUGCAUUUCCUCGUUCUGGACAUUGUCUGCGACUCGUUGUUCGCCAUCGACUCUGUAUUGUCUGCGAGAACUGCUUUCCUSGAYUCUGGACUUCCCGUUCGUGAUUCGCGACGCCUUUUCUCGCAUUACAUGUCUUCUUCUGCUUUCCGUUUGGAUGUGUUCUCUCUUUUGCCGACAGAUGUCGUUCUGUUUGUCUCUCACUUGGAAUGCAAUCCAACAAUACUUUUCCCGUGCGUUCCGAUCGUUCGAUUGAAUCGUUUGUUUCGUUUUUAUCGAUUCAGAGAAUUCUUCGAACGAACCGAAACGAGAACUCAAUUUCCAAACGCUUUGAGAGUCGCGAAACUCGUUCUCUAUAUUGUAGUUCUAAUCCAUUGGAAUGCAUGCGCUUACUUCGCCAUUUCCUUUUGGAUCGGUUUCGACUCCGACCGAUGGGUUUAUAACCGCAGAUCUUCUUCAGCCGACUCUUUGUCCAAACGUUUUGUUCAACAAUACGUUUACUGUUUUUAUUGGUCGACUCUCACUCUGACCACUAUAGGCGAAGUCCCGCCGCCAGAAACCGACGCCGAAUACGCUUUCGUUGUCCUCAACUUCUUAAUCGGUGUUCUAAUCUUCGCGACAAUUGUCGGAAAUGUCGGUUCAAUGAUCUCCAAUAUGAACGCCGCCCGCGCAGACUUUCAGGCCCGUAUGGAUGCCGUCAAACAGUACAUGGAGUUUCGUCACGUGACAAAACCUCUGGAAACACGAGUUAUUCGUUGGUUUGACUAUUUGUGGACUAAUAAACAGUCUUUAGAUGAAAGUGCGGUCACAGCUGUUCUUCCCGAUCAACUGAAGGCCGAGAUUGCAAUCCACGCUCAUCUGCAGACUCUGCGUCGGGUCCGUCUGUUCCAAGACUGCGAACCGGGACUUUUGGUUCAAUUAGUUUUGAAACUUCGUCUUCAAGUGUUCUCCCCUGGUGACUUUAUUUGUCGAAAAGGAGACGUCGGAAAAGAGAUGUAUAUCGUGAAACGCGGUCGUCUGGCCGUCGUUGCGGACGACGGAAUCACUUCUUUGGCUAAUCUGACAGAUGGCGCCACUUUCGGCGAACUCGCGAUUCUCAACAUUUCCGGAGUCCGAACCGGAAACCGACGGACAGCUAAUGUCCGAUCAGUCGGUUAUUCGGAUUUGUUUUGUUUGUCUAAACAAGACUUAUGGGAUGUCCUCGAAGACUAUCCCGAAGCACGAGCGGCUUUAGUCGAACGCGGAAAACAGAUUCUGCGCAAAGACGGUCUUUUAGACGAUUCGGCGCUUCUCCGCCACGAACUCGAACAACAAGACACAAGAGCGGCCGUCUCUCGGCUUGAAGUGUCUGUGGAUCAAUUGCAGACCCGAUUGGCCCGUUUAUUGGCUGAAUUCGCUUCUUCGCAGAAAAGAUUAAAACAACGAAUCGCAGCUCUUGAAUCGCGCGCUGAUUCUGAUUGACCACUCAGUGACCACUCAGUGACCACUCAGUGACCACUCAAUGACCACUCAAUCAAUGCAAAUGUUUGAAACUUUGCUUUUGUGACGAAACGCGAACUGAAAUCCGGUUUUUCUCUCUUUUU